GGUAGGAUUUAGAGGAGGACGGGAGUUGAGUUUGUUACAGCAGCAAUGGAGUCAAUGUGGAUGGGGCGUCAUCUAUUUCUCACAAUUUUGCUUUUCGCAAGCAAAGCUGUAACUUCGCAAACCAUCGUCACCUCUCUGCCUGGUUUUUCUGGGACUCUCCCUUUCACUCUUGAGACUGGAUAUGUGGGCGUAGGUGAAUCGGAGGAAGUGCAGCUGUUCUAUUAUUUUGUGGAGUCUCAGAGCUCUCCCUCACAAGACCCUCUCAUGCUUUACAUUGCUGGUGGUCCUGGUUGUUCUUCCCUCAGUUCCUUGUUCUACGAAAAUGGUCCAAUAUAUCUAAACUAUCAAUACUAUGAUGGCGGCGUACCUUCACUUAAUUUGAGCGCAGAUGCUUGGACCCAGGGCCUAAACAUGAUAUACAUAGAUGCGCCAGUUGGCACCGGCUUCUCUUAUUCAAAUACCUCGCAAGGCUACUAUGUUGAUGACGCUGAAAAUGCUGCUCAGACAUACGAGUUUUUAAGAAAGUGGCUGGUGCAACACCCUGAUUUUCUGGGGAAUGAACUCUACAUUGCUGGUGUUUCAUAUUCGGGCAUACCUGUUCCUAUGAUCGUUAACGAGAUAAUUGAGGGUAACAUACUUGGACUCAGCCCAGGCAUGAACAUCAAGGGUUACGUGCUUGGAAGCCCUGUUACGGAUUCAUUUAUUGAUGAUAAUUCAAAGAUCCCGUUUGCUCACGGGCUAUCACUUAUAUCACAUGAACUCUAUAAUUCUGCGAAGACAAAUUGCGAAGGAAAUUAUGUGAAUGUAAGCAGUGAAGCGUGUGCAUUGGAUAUUGAAGCCAUCGAUGAGUUGCUGCGCUAUAUAAAUGUAGCACAAGUUCUGCAUCCUUACUGUUAUCCUUUCACCGUAAAGCCAAGCGAGAGACAAGGGAAUCGAAGAUCAUCUUUGGAAGAGGCCAAUUAUCGUUCAUGUGACUUGUAUUCAAGCGUACCCAUAAGCAUCUGGGCAAAUGAUGAAUCUGUCCGGGCCGCUCUUAAUGUUAGAAAUGGAACAAAAGGAAAUUGGCAGCCUUGCAAUUCAAGCUUAACAGGGUACACCGAGGAUGUUACAACAACUCUUGCAUAUCAUAGAAAUUUCAGUCAUACAAGUAGUUUACGAGCUUUGAUAUAUAGCGGUGAUCAUGAUAUGUCGAUUCCGAAUAUUGGUACCCAAGAAUGGAUUAGGUCUCUCAAUAUGACUCUAGCCGAUACCUGGCGAGGUUGGAUGGUUGAUGCCCAAGUUGCAGGAUAUACGAAGAGGUAUACCUACGGAGAUUUCAGUUUAACGUAUGCAACAGUGAAGGGAGCAGGUCACAUACCUGCAACUUACAAAACUAGACAGUGUUAUGAGAUGAUAGAAAGGUGGCUCGCUCAUUACCCUCUCUAAUUACCUAUCAGCUGCUGCAUAGCAUGAAAUGCAACCCUGGACGAUGACAAGUUGUUUUAGUAACUGCACUGGACUAAUCAGUGAUAGCUUCAUACAUCACUAUUACUACCACUAAGCUCCUGCUCUGCUCUGUUUUUUUUUUCAUUUCCUUAUGCAGUCCAAAUCUCUACUGUUGGAUUCUGUCUCUUUUAUUUACAAAAUUUGGAGUUGGUUUAGUAUAGAGCUUAUUCCAAUGUCCUUGGGACCCUAACACAAGUGGAAGGUUGAUAAACUCUUAAUGAUAAUCAGUUUUCUGUGUGGCUUUUUUA